AUGGAUAGCACCAUCCAAUCGCUUUCUGAAGCACAGCAGAACCAGGGCCUCAACGAUGAAGCAACGAAUGCCCAAAUCGACACCCUUAUUCUCGACAACCGAAAGAAGCUCAACCAGAUUCAAUCCUGCACUGGAGGUUCACGAAACAUAGGCUAUUACUCUGCUGUCCGGCUCCUUGCUCUCAGCGUUACCGUUACAUUCCUCCUGCGCUCACCACGAGUCUUCAAUCAGGAUAACGUGAUUCAAAAUUACAUCAAGCCCGCCUCAUCCAAAGCGAUGCUUGUGGACUUCCUCAUUUUCACAGUCGGCGGAACACCCCAAUUCUCACUAACAAAAGGCUUCACCUUCACCCCAUCAAACCUCGUUACCCAAUCCCUCCUUAACGUCCUCGAGACUCUCCCAUCUCAACAAAGAGACUGGGGGCGUCGAGUGUUUGCUUCGUGA